AUGCCAAGCACCAACAGCCACCACCGCCUCAGCCUAGGCCCGCUGCACCUGGGUGCCUACAAGCACAAGGUCUCCAAAGAUCCCGCGCGCAACGAGCUAGCUGCCUUGUCUUGGAAGAUCGAGUCUCCGCCCGCUGUCAUGUACGGUCCUGCCGAUGACAGCACCGGUGCGCUCGUGUCUGGUCAAUUGCUUCUUGACAUCAAGGAGGGCAACUUGGAGGUUGAGAACGUCGAGGCUGAGCUCCACAUUCGCACAGUCCACAAGAGGCCUUUCCAGGCGCAUUGUGACAAGUGCUCCGAACACAAGACGCAGCUGCAGAAGUGGUCAUUCCUCGCCGAGCCCACAGUCCUAGGCAGCACCACUUCUCAUAAUUUCCCGUUCUCGAGCCUUCUCGAAGGGCACCUCCCAGCCUCUACCGAUAAUUCCCUACUAUCAAUCAGCUACGAGUUCACUGCCACGGUCAAGUUCAAGGACUUGCCAAAGCAUUCGUUAUUCCUGAAUAAGACAAUCAACGUCAAGCGGGCUUUGACAGUCCCCGAACUCCCUCACCACAGCAUUCGCGUGUUCCCACCUACCAACAUCAAAGCUGAUGUUCACUACCCACAAGUGAUCCACCCGCUCGGAUCAAACACCCUCACGCUCCGCCUGGACGGCAUCGUCAAGCACAACACAGAUACCAAGACGGUUGAGUACUGGAAGCUCAAGAGGCUGACUUGGAAGCUCGAGGAGACCAUUACCACCAUGGCGCCACCCUGCGAGAAGCACAUUCCCAAGGCGGCGAGCGACGACGAGGCAGUCAGGAAGGGUAUCAAGCGCACUGCAGAACGAAACAUUGGCCACCAGGAUAUGCACAGCGGAUGGAAGUCCGACUACUCACCAGAUGGAUGCGUCGAGGCCGAGAUCGACUUCUCCUGUUCCCCUUCGACUAAACCCAACUGCGAUCUCAAGAUUGGGAGCAGCGCACAGAUCAGCCAUCAGCUGGUUGUUGAGAUGGUCGUUGUGCAGGAAUUCGCUCCCGUCAACCAGCCCAAGCAAGUCACGCCCACGGGCAUCGCCAGGAUUUUGCGCAUGCAUUUCAAUGUCAAUGUCACUGAGCGAUCUGGUCUCGGCGUAAGCUGGGACAACGAGGCCCCGCCCAUCUACCAAGAUGUGCCCCCUUCGCCACCAGGCUACACACAUCCCGUUUCUGGUGCCGACAGCGUCCAAGAUCUCGUGCUUGGCAGUGCGCCAGUGUAUACGGAAGGCAGCUACGCUAGCUCCCUGGCUCCUUCCUCUCGCGAGUCUUCACGGCCUUCGUCGAUACACUCGUCGAGGACGUAG